GCGAGAAUUGUUCGGUUUUGGCGAGACUAGCAAUCCAAGAUGGCGAAUCGCGGAGGGCACCAUGUGGAUGCGGUAACGGAACGAAGAUUAAAGCCAAUAUAUGAUAAUCUGGACAAUGGCAACUAUAAGACAGCUGUACAGAUGGCCGAUAAAGUCUUGAAAAAGCACAAAGAACUGCAAUGCGCCAAGGUAUUGAAAGCCCUUGCAUUGCUGAGGAUCGGCAAACGAAGGGAAAGUUUCAGUUUAACCCAAGAUGUAAUGGUCACUAAACCCGUGGAUGAGCCGACGCUGCAAGCGCUGACAAUCUGCUUCCGAGAAAUGCAAAAACCGGAACAGAUCAUUGAGUUAUACACCACAGCCCUGAAGAGCAACCCUAAAAAUGAGGAAUUCCACACUCACCUGUUCAUGGCUCUGGUAAGAGUUGGCGACUACAAGAGGCAACAACAGGUUGCCAAGGAGAUGUACAAAGUUUUCCCCAAGAAUCCGUACUACUUUUGGGGAGUCAUGAGCACCAUCCUACAAGCACUCACGUCCACCGAUGAGAAGUUAGCGCAGAUGAUGUACCUGCCUCUCGCUGAGAAGAUGGUGGAAAGAAUGGUCAAAGAGAAAAGAAUCGAAGCAGAAGCAGAGGUCAACAUCUACCUCAUGAUCCUCGGGUAUCUCAACAAACACGAGAAGGCAAUUGAAGUCUUAGAUGGAGAGUUGGGAAAAUUUUUGAAGGUGGAGGUGGAUGCCUGUCCCAUCCGGAAGGCGGAGCUUCUGUGUAAAAUGGGGCGGUGGGCCGAGGCAAACAGUGCAUACAAGGCACUACUCACAAAGAGGCCAGACAACUGGUUGUACUGUCAGCAAUACCUGAAAUCAGCGCUGGGGCUCAUUGAAAAUAACUGGUCCCCUCCAGCUGCAGAUGAGAAUGAUGGCGAGAAUGAGAAGACGUGUCAACCAGAUUACACCAUGGACAUGGUCUUGGAUUUCAUCCAAGAAACGGCCGAGGUGGAGGAAAAGAAGGCGGCAGCAGCAAGCCACGCCCACCCAAGAGGGAUCCUGCUGUCUCGGUUUGAAUUGCUCAGGAUCCUGAAGGAGAAAGAGUCCCCAGAUAUCGGCAAGAUCGGACCGGUGCUAGAACUGUUUCGAAGCUAUUUUGAGUUGUUUGGCGACCGGCCGUGUUGCUAUGACGAUCUGUGUCAGUUCUUGCCGCUUAUCGCGCCAGAGGACCACCAGUGUUUUGUACAAAGUCUCCUGGACGGCUUGGACAUGGAGUUAGGAGAAGACGGGAUUAAAUAUGCAAAAUCAAUAAAGCAAAUCUACAGGCAUCUAUGCAUCCUAAAGAUCAGUCGGCGGUUUGGUCUUCAGGACAAACUCUCUCAAGACGAGAAACUAGCUCUAGCCGACGAACUCAUCAAGCACAGCGAAGCGGCACUGAGUUACGGCAAAGAGUUACUCUUCACUGAUUUGCAGUAUGGUGAUGAGUACCUACUGAUGGCAGUGCAUUUACUGACCGACGUUUGGGAAGCAACAGGGGAAGACAAGUAUCUGUGGAGAAUGCUUGGGCUUUUAGAGAACGGACUAACGUCUAGUGCCUCGUGUCAUCACAUGAAACUGCUGCUUAUAAGACUCUACUGUCUUGCUGGUGCCUUUGGUCCGAUACCAGACCUUUAUGACGGACUGGACAUCAAACACGUUCAACAAGACACAUUAGGGUACACGGUCUCAGGUUAUGUGACGAGUUUGGGUCAUUUUACCUCAGCGAAUGCCUUGUUCAACACAACUCUCAAGUUCUUCACUUCAAACAACAAAGAUACCACGGAGUAUAUGAUCACAGCGUACAAGUUUGGGACGUUCCACAAGAUUCCUGAAUUCUUGACGUUCCAGCGCCGAAUCCGAAACUCCAUCCAUUGCAUACAGGUUACCGUGGAGAAACUUCUCUUAGAACUACUCACGGAAGCAGAAAUAGCGGGUAACACUCUGCAAGAUUUCAUUCUGGAUAUGGAUAUCCAUCCAGAGAAAGAUAACACAAAAUGGGAUGAAAUUUGCGACAAUAGGGACCUUGAUGUCAUGGUAUCAUGGGCGCCGGAACACAGACUAUUUUCUGCGGAGGAUCGAAAGGUUUCCCUACAACUGGAGAAAUCGUGGCUGAAAGUGAGACAGCUCAUGUUGCGAUCCCUGGCAGCGGCGACCUACCUCACCCAAAACUCCCCCUCAACCACCACCAACACCCCUACCAAUAAUGGUGACGGCCCAUCCCAUGAGAAGGUGCUGGCAAUGUUAACAGAGCAGUUGGACAGGCACCUGACUGAGGUGGCGGAAGAUCCCACUUUGCAUAAAAAGUUGCCACUACAAGGGCCGCCCUGCACACGAUUGGUCAACUACCUCAAGGGGAAUUGUGGGAAGGUGUUUCUGCUUGCGUUGAAGGCAAUGCUUAGUGUACAUGAACUCUCAACGCAGCAGGAUCAGAGUGCCGAUCUGCAGAGUACAAUAGAGCAAACCUUCACCAACAUCACAGACAAAUGUACUGAAUCAAUCAGGAGGAGUAGGCGGUGCCUAAUCAAAGAAGAGGGUGGGGCAAGGCUCUUUGAUAGACACACCCUUCCAGAGCUGGUCUUACUUGUAGAGACACUCGGUUUCAUCAUCUUACUGGCUGGAGUCAAGCACCGUCUCCUCAAGCCCAUGAAGCUAGCAGCCAUUAGGAAGAGCAGGAAAAAGAAGGGAGGGGCCACUCCAAAGCUGCCGAUUUUCCAGCACUUCAAGGAUUAUAUCGACAAUGUGCAACAACUCUCUGAUGGACUGAGUAUGGCAGUGCAGGACAUAGACCCAACCAUGCUGUCACUGGACCUCGGCAAACUCAACCUGUCAGAAAACAGUGUAGAAGCCAAUGAUGAGGAGGCAUCCCUAGCAAGAGCAGAGAACACCGUCUGGAAGAGAAUGGAGAAGAGCUACCACGAGACCUCCAAGGAACUCCUAGACGUCCUCAAGAACAAGAAAGAUUUCCUAGCCACUCUUAAGCUUUGACAGUGGUCCCAUCUUGGCUAUCAGAUCAUGUGUGUUUAGAGGCAUAUAGGAUCAUCUGCAUUUAUCCCAAAAGUAGCCUACCGAAUUAGUAUCCAAAAGCUUACUUGGAUUAAAGAUAGUUCUGGUACUUAACACCCAUGAAAUUUCGAAGAAAUCAAGAAAUGUAGGUGAUUUCCAACGAUAUGCCAGUUGACUGAUCUUUGGAGUAAAAUGCUAUUGACAAAAUCUUGUGUUGUAAUCAAAAGAUUGUGCAUGGUUUUUCACUGUUUUUCUUGAAAAGCGUAAUUAUCCACUUAACUGAAACUUCAACAGGUUAGGUUUUGAACUUUGUUCUUUGGAUUUUGAGUGGUGUUAUUGGGAAAAAACAAAAUGCAAAACAAAUGAUCCUAUAUGCCUUUAAUGUAAUUGUGUGCAAAGUUUCUAUCAAAUAGAACGAUGGUUUGUAUGUGAAGGGAUCUAUCAAUAAAUCCUUUUAGUUUAUUCCUUUACCCGUAAAGGCUGCAAAUAUACGUACCUGAUUCUUAUAGAUGAUCAUUCUGUAAAUUUAAGGUCCAAAGUCUGUUUUUUUCCUGUCCCUGUUACCUUGAUACUUGGUAAUUUGCUUUUCAAGUAUAAUAAGAAUGACUUCAAACAAUUUUUUGUUGGGUACUAAUUUGCUAUUCAUAACCACUCUUUGAGAAUGGCGGCAAUUAUAAAACCAUCAGGGGCAGGAAAAAAGUGGGCCCCAAAUUUAUAGAAUGAUCAUAUGUUGAAAUCCUUAAAGGUGAGCUGAUGUGUUGGCUCAAAACGUAUUGUUUUAAUUCAAUCUAAUAAAAGCAAUUAAUUCUUCGUACCCAAAGAGUUUAAACAGUUUUAUUUCACAAACUUGUUUUUCUGAGAAUAUAUGUGAGAAAACCUAGCAAAUUGCGCAAUUGGGUUCGAACCCAUAACCUCCACUUUUGUACGCGGAUGUCUAAGAUACUCAAGCACAAAGCUAAGAAUUACUCAAUGAAUGGUUUGCUCCUAUUGGGUCUGUUCAUGCAUCAUAGAGGGCGCUAUUUGAACUGGCCAUGAGAGCGAGGUGAAUGCUUUUCCUUCACAAUAUAGGCACUGAACCAGUCAUUACAAUAGCUAAAUAUUUUUUCGCUUGUUCCAAAACAAGUCAAACACGUCUGAUAUGGAAUAAAAAAAAAAUUAUUUCAUGGUGGAUACAAGGCUUAUAUUUCAGUAAACCUAAUUUAAAGUCACCAUAGCUGUUCUUUGUCUAAAUUUAUAUCUAAAUUGCCAACUUGUGUAUUUAUUGAGCAGCCAUUGCUAUUUUCUGGGAAACACCUGUAUGGUGUUGCAUACAGGACAACAAAAUAUUAAAAAAAACUUUCCCUUUGAAAGUUGAGCUUUUGUUUUGUGCCGUAUAUUGAUCAUGAAAUCAAUCAUACAGAUAAUGGUGAAUAAUUGGCUUAAUAGUUAUUUCAGUGCACCUUUUUGGAAGAAAGUCACUUUAAAUUGCUACUGUUGAAGAAUCUUUUUGUAUUUGGCUAACGAAUGACAAAGCCAACAAAUGAAUCAUUUUUCAGAUGUUGUGUAUAGGACACCUUAGCAGUAUGGUACCCUGACUGAAUGACUUGAUACACAGUGGGGAAUUUUUCAGGGUAACGUGGCAGGCAGAAAGAUUUCUACGUUUCCAAUAAGAGAUCUUAUUUAAUGGUAUUUUGUAUUUAUUUUUCAAAAAUGAGCAAUUCGCCAUUUUUGGUGAGAGUAAACGUGACAUGUGGAAACAGUGCUCAACAUAGCCGGCAGAAAAAAAUUAUUCUAUUGUUAAAAUUCAUUGUUUUUACUUUCUGGGAAAAGUGGUAAGCGUUAUAAUGUGCACAAGAGUUCUUAGCAGUGAAUGUACUGGAAAAAACACUCAUGUAUGCCACUACUAUCGUUCACUUAUUUCUAAGUGGAAAAUUUUGAGUGAAAAUGUUGGCUAGCUUUUCAAAGAACAAUUCGAUACUUUUCUACCAGAGGUUAUGAAAUAAAACAACCGUGACAAACUGAAAUAAA